ACAACCCCUUUUACCAACAUAAGAUAGUUUCAUGACUGGUUGUUGCUGUAUCUAUUUAUUAAUUUCGCUUUUUUCUAUUCGUUGAUUCCAAUAACCUAAUUUUUUUGUUAAAUUUUAUUUUAUUUUGAUAAUUAUCAUCUAGUUCUUGUGUUUAUCUGUGUUUAUCAAGUAUAACUUGAUAAGAGAUUUGAAAAGUAACUCAAGAUUAUUGGUAUUAUUAUCUUUGAAAGGUAAUAAAAAUGACGAGAAGAAAAGGUAAACGUACAAACAAUACAUCUCAAUCCAGUGAAAGUGAAUGGAUUGUCGAGGAAGUCGUAGACAAAAGGGUUACUGAAGAAGGUCGAGUUGAAUAUUUACUUCACUGGAAAGAUUGGUCAGAGUCAACGUGGGAACCAGAGGAACAUCUUUCUUGUUUCGAAUUAAUAUCUAAAUUUGAAGAGAAAAUCAAAAAAUCGGGAAAAUCGACAGAGUCAAAUGGAACAGAAGUUUUGGUAGAUAAACCAAAUACAGCUUUGAAUGAAAAGAUUGGUGUUGAUAACGUGAUGUCCUCUAAUUCCUCUGUAUCAGAUGAUGCAAUGAGAAAUCCGCCUAGUUCUAAAAAGAAUCAGUCAAAGCAGAAUAAAGCAGGCUCUGAUAAAAUUAUGCACACCAUUGAUAAAAGUUUAGUUCCUGAUAAAGUCAUUGGUGUCGUAAACAAUAGCUCCGAAGGACUUUUGGUCAAAAUGAAGUGGAAAAACAAGGAAGAAAAGGACUUGAUACCUUCAUCGAUCGCCAACACAACUUGGCCGCAACUUGUAAUAAACUAUUACCAACAAAGAAUUCGCUGGCAAGAAACUUAAACUAAAAAAUUCUUCAGUGUUUUGUUUUUCCCUGCUUAGUGUUUCAUUUUAACCAUCUCAGCUGUAAUAAUUCAAAAUGACCACGGAAACUUUCACAAUCCAUGUGAUUUCGUUAGAAAUGCGAAGCAAGAAACUCAUUCAUAUUCUUGAAAAACACACCAAGAAAAACUCAAAGAGCUUCGAUUUUAAAAUUCACUGUUGAUCAUAUUUUUAAAGCUAUUCCAAUAAUAAACAAUCAUCUUGGAUCUUUUGAAAUUCA